UUUUAAAAACAUGGGAAAUCCAUUACCAGAUCAAGUAGGGUUAUAGAUGAUGUUACAAUGGUUGGCAUCUUAAAGUCGUGUUGUAUAAUGACAAGUAAAUUAAACCUACAAAUCCACAAAAAAGGAACCUCAAGGUUGUCCAUUUCCACUAAACUGCGAUUCUGGCUAAAGCUUUUUAGACCACUGUCCGAAUCCAAUUCACCUCGCAUAAUCAAGGCGAUAGGCAGGGAAAAAGGGAAAACCCCCACUGCCACCACUAACCCCAAAAACCCUUUAAAAAACCUCCUCUUUAUAAAUACACCCACGUACUUAUUUCUUUGUCGCUUUCUCUCCAAUGGCAACCGAGUCCUCUGUGAUUGCCUGGGGAUCGGGCGAGGAUGGCCAACUAGGGAUAGGGAACAACGAAGACAAAGAAUGGGUUUGCGUUGUCAAAGCUCUCGAGCCUUACAAAGUUCGCUCUGUUGUUGCUGGAAGUCGCAACUCUCUUGCCAUUUGUGAUGAUGGCAAGUUGUUUACUUGGGGUUGGAACCAAAGAGGGACAUUAGGACAUCCACCAGAGACCAAAACCGAGAACAUUCCUAGCCAGGUCAAGGCUCUUGCUAAUGUCAACAUUGUUCAGGCGGCUAUUGGUGGCUGGCAUUGUUUGGCUGUUGAUGAUCAAGGACGUGCUUAUUCUUGGGGUGGGAACGAAUAUGGCCAGUGUGGUGAAGAACCUGAGAGGAAAAAUGACACUGGGAGGCCUUUGAGAAGGGAUAUAGUCAUCCCCCAACGCUGUGCAUCAAACCUUGUAGUUCGCCAGGUAGCUGCUGGGGGUACUCACUCUGUGGUUCUCACACGUGAAGGGCAUGUAUGGACCUGGGGUCAACCAUGGCCUCCUGGAGACAUAAAGCAGAUAUCUGUCCCUGUGCGGGUACAAGGUCUUGAAAGAGUGAGGCUCAUUGCUGUUGGGGCAUUUCAUAAUUUAGCUCUUCAAGAAGAUGGAACUUUAUGGGCGUGGGGUAAUAAUGAAUAUGGACAGCUCGGAACUGGUGAUACUCAGCCAAGAUCACAACCUAUUCUUGUCCAAGGACUUUCUGGUCUCAAUUUGGUUGAUAUUGCUGCUGGUGGAUGGCAUUCUACUGCAUUGACUGAUGAUGGGGAGGUGUAUGGUUGGGGAAGAGGUGAACACGGAAGAAUGGGAUUUGGAGAUAAUGACAAGAGCAGUAAAAUGGUCCCCCAAAAGGUUAAUCUUUUAGCAGGGGAGGACAUUAUUCAGGUAUCUUGUGGCGGGACUCAUUCAGUUGCGUUGACACGUGAUGGGCAGAUGUUUUCCUUUGGUCGAGGUGACCAUGGACGGCUUGGAUAUGGGAGGAAUGUGACUACAGGUCAACCAAUGGAAGUGCCAUUAGACAUCCCGCCUCCUAAAAAACUUCGUGACAAUGGAGACGAGGGACACUGGAUUGCUAAACUUGUUGGUUGCGGAGGUCGCCAUACUUUGGCGAUCGUGGAAAUGGCAGGGACUUGAAUCUAAAUAGAUUUGACAUGAUGUCUAAAAGUCUGAUUUUGUAAUACGAGACAAUGCAAGACCAACUCAGAGAACAUUAACGCUGGAUAAUUUUAUAAAUUACUGGAUGGUAUUCACUUUUCCAUUUUACUUA